AUGCAUCUUGCCGGUUGGCCGAGAGGCACUGCCGAGAAGUUUCUACACCCAGCGCCUACUGUUAAAACAAUAACUUUGUAAGUCUCCUUGUGUCCGCCCUGUGUUAGUCCCCACCGUUCCACAAACGUCAUUAUUUCUACCCCACUUUCUUCCUUUUUGACUAGGCACUCGCGAGGGCAGCGAACAUGUACCUCGAAAAGUCUUUUUUAUGUUCCCAUCCCCAUGUGCCAUUCCGUAUAUCCUACAUCUAGAAAUGUAACCCCUAACUGUACACUCCACAGCCGUCGCCUUAAGGCGGAUUUCCAGCCUUAGUUCCAUCUUGAACUAAUGGCUUUGACAUGUCUAUAGAUCCCAUUCUGUAAAUCCCCGUCCUUGCUUAAACCCCUUUACAAGUGCCAAGAGUAUCCGUCACCCUAAUGCGUCCUACCGCCAGUGGGAUCGACGCCUUCGAUGCGUUAAGGGAUUUUUCGUUCCGUAAGUCAUCGCAUCGCAAGUACCUUUCCAGCAGCCAUAAAAUGCCUUUAACACUAACCAUGUCAAAGGGGUUCUAAUGUAGGCCUGAAAAUUCGGUUUUUAAUUGUUUUUGCCUCUUAGACUUUCUGAAUUAAUGCCCAAGAAGCAAAUGUGUCGUGCCAACAGUACUGGUACUUAGCAUUUGCUGUCCUCGUCUUGCCGAUUGGAACCGAAGCAUGUUUAUUUCAUGACUAUGUGGCCAUUGACUGGCUAACUUAAUUCUACUGAUUUUAGUUCACUCUUGCGUUGUAGUCAUAUUUUCUGUUCUGUAUUGGUGUAUCGUUUUACUGCCUCUCCCUACAUUUACGGACCGCUGCAUGUUUUUUUUACCAUUCGAGGCUAUGUAUAUGUGCCAACUUGCCAGAAAAAGACCCUAAGAAUGCCUUACUGACUACCAACUUCAUACACGCCCUCCACUUUUCCGCCGAGGGCAUAUAUUCUCACCAUAGUUUGUCUCACGUUUCUAGUAGUUUCCCUAAGACAGUUUCAGGACCAUCUGUAAUCCGCCGUCUUGCUGUUAUGUCAGGCAACUGCUGCUUUCCAAAAGUAGACCACAACAGACUCGCCUUCCUCAGUAGUCUCUAAAUUACUUAAGCGACUGUCAAGUUUUUCGACGGCGAUCUUAUCUUCGUCAAUCUCCACUUUUAGGUAUCCUCUGAAGAGUUACAGCUUCGGAACCAAAGAGCCUAAUUAUGAGCGUGAUCGUAGCGUUCCUGCAAGGUUCCAGCGUCUACAGGAAGACUUCGAGAAGUAUGGUAUGCGACAUUCGGUGGAAGGUGUUCUCCUUGUGCAUGAACACAACCUACCGCACGUUCUGUUACUCCAAUUGGGAACUUUUUUUAAACUUCCUGGUGGUGAGCUGCAUCCGGGCGAGGAAGAAAUGGAGGGACUCAAACGGCUCUUAUCGGACGUGAGCACUAUCUUAUUGCGUUUUGUUAUGUUUCGUUACUCCAUGCUUUUCUGUUUAUAGUAGUUCUCCCUCUUCAGAGUAAAUCGGCACGCGCUAGUGCAAUGGCCGUUACGGCUUGCUUAUUAAUUACAGAAUGCCGUACUCUUUACGGUUAAGUACGCCUUAACUCGCAUCUGUCUUCUUAUAUCGCUUUCGGUUUCGCCGUGAUGUCUGACCGACGACGCCCUAAAUCUUAUCAAAUACUCCGCGAUUCCGACAUUUUUCUACAACAGCGAUAGUGGAUCGUAUAGAGCAAGCUAAUCAAAAUUGGCCACGGAUUUUCUACGGUCCCGAUAACUUUAUAGAGAACUCCCUCUGUUAAUAGCCCUUUAAAAAUCGACUAGUCUUGCCAAGGUGUGUUCCCAAUUCUACAAGGAUCACUAUAGUAACAGAAAAAAGUCGAAGUACAUUUAGCGGUGGACGAAAUACAUACUAAUCGACUGGUGCUUCUCUCUUUGGAAGAUGUUGCAACCUGUUUAAGGUAUUCUCUUUUCCUACGAAAACACAUUUUAUGGUUUCGGUCAAUACCUCAGAUUUUUUUUAGCCUAUGAUGUCAUCUUAAAUAUCGACUUUUGUUGUCAUUGUAAGUGCGCAUCUUCCAGAAGACAUGGAUCAUAUUUGUAUCGAGACAGUUUCUCUUAUUUAGCCUCCAGCUAAAUCAUGGAGACCAGGACGCGUCAGUUCUUGCUGGCCACUCGGCAAGGACCGUCAUUUUGUUUUGGCCAGCCUGUAAGAAUCGGCGAAAUAUGCUACGACCGAAGUCCCCAAUCGUCAGCAACCUUUGAGUGAGAUCAGCAAAUCCCGAUAAGAAUGUGGCGGCAGGACUGCUUACUGGCAGGCAAUCUUUCUUUUCACAAUGUUACUUUGGUUUGUGACCUGUGAACCAGAGUUCUUAAAUAAGGAACCACCCAUCUACGACGGUAUUACCACCGUCUGAUACCUAGGGAUUCUGACACUGUAUAUCCCUGAUGCCUCAGUUAGGGUCUUAUCCUCACGGGAGCACCGGGCAGUCGCGGAUAAGGUAGCCUCUCGGAACCCUGUACAGUCCACCACCCCCACCCUCCACCCCACGGAGUUCAGACCGGUCAUAUGCCAAACAUGACUUCGUCUGGAAGUCUUGGUGAUCCCUUCGUUCUCCGUGUCUCUCGUACCACCUAGGUGGAUCGGUUUGAUAAGUAGCUGCAAUUUUCAUCACUUCAACCCAGACUUUAAUUCUGUCCUCGGUCGCCGACAAUGAAUCCGGUGAAAGCAGCCUUUUUGAUACGACAGUCAUCAUUCAGUAAAAUGAAAUGUUGAUUUGUCCGCAGCCACUCGCAUCACCUGCACGAGUUUAUAAGGAACUUUUUGACUGCGUCUUGACUAGUAAACGAUAGCGGUAGUAAUAGUCAUUUAUAAUCAGGCCGGUAACCAAACUAUCAUAUUCCUUUUUCUCUACAGAUGCUUGGCCGCACAGAUGGUGUGCCUGUGGAAUGGACUCCGGAGGAAUGCAUCGGCAACUGGUGGCGACCGAAUUUUGAGCCCCCGCGCUACCCCUAUAUUCCUGCUCACGUGACAAAACCGAAGGAGCACACUCGACUCUACCUCAUGCAGCUUCCCGAAAAGACACUUUUUGCAGUACCCUCUAAUUACAAGCUGGUGGCUGCCCCGCUCUUCGAGCUUUUUGACAAUUCUCGCGCCUACGGACCCAUCAUAUCAUCGCUGCCUCAGGUUCUUAGUCGGUGGGUUUCUGCUUUGUCUUUGCGCAUUCAUUAGGCACUUUGUUAUACAUUCUAUGUGAUGGAAGUAGCCCAAUCGUUGUUUUAUUUUUGCGGGAACCGACCAUUAGGGUUUAGAAGUGCGAAUAGAGCAUAAGGCCACUGCCCAAAGUAAAGGUGUACGGCUGUCAGACAGCUUGAAUUCAAGCGUAUUUCUGCCAACAACAGUGGCCAGUUCGUCCAUAAAUUCCUUUUAGACACGCGUUACCGCUAUAGCCGUUACUGCUUGUUUACAGAGUGCCGUUUCUCGUUUACUCUUCAUGGUUAAGUAAACCUUAGCUGGCUUUUGUCUGCUUUUAGACAUGUUUUCACUUUAGAAGCGUCUCUCCUGAAUCAGGUUCGAUAUUGCUACCGUGUUGUGAAGGGAUUGUUGUAAAGUGAACACACUAUCUGCACCAACUCACUAUCUAUUCAAAAGCAAGGCCGACGUGAAGUGCAUUAAUUCCAGUGUAAUUUUUAUAUCACCUUGAUUUAUUAUAGCAGUAUCUCAUGGGACGUAACCAUAGCUACACGCCCCGUCGUUUCGUCUUGCAUUCAAGCCUCCAGUAAUAAAAUCACACAGGUAUCCUCUACACUCAGACUGUUUCCUGUGAUAUUCCACUUACUGCUCACGUCUCGAAGAUGCGUGCACUUAUUUAAACCAAUGGCCUCCCGUCAUUACUUGAACUGUUGUUUUUUUAACAUCUAUCUCGCGUGUCCUCUAACCGCUUAAAUUUUCCCCAUUGCAGAUUCAACUUUGUGUACAGUGACUGA